CAACAACUGUAUUAUAUAUCUACAGCUUAACUACACUGAUCUAUUCAGGAGGCGGGCAAGCUAUUAAAAUGCCCAUUUCAUGUUUCUUUAUAACGAAAAAUAUUUCUUAUAACUCUUUUAUGUAUAUCCGUAAAAUGUGUUAUGAAUAAUUAGUUCAUUUAGUGCAUUUAUUCUUGGAUAUAAAUAACUCCAACAAUUCACCUUAAUUUUAGUUUGAAUACUCAGCUUUCAACAUGAGAUACUUUGCUUUUUCAACACUUUUGGUCAUCACGAUUAUCUUAUUAGUGAAAGGCACUGCUGGGAAACGUCCGACUAAAAUAGUUGGAGGAGGAUAUGCUAAAAUUGAAGAUUUUCCAUUUAUGGUUGCUCUGGAGAAUGGAUAUACUUGGCAAACAUGUGGUGCUAUGCUUAUCAGCCCACGUCAUGCGUUGACAGCAGCUCAUUGUGUUGUAAAUGGUCGUGAAGAGAAUGAUCCAUAUAGGUACGAAUUACGUUGGUAUAAUAUUGUAUCUGGAGAUAGUAACCGACAAAAUGUGGACACUGUUCAAGUUCACAAAGUCGUUCGACUUGAUGUUCACAAGAGUUUCAUUGGUUAUCCACCUCCUUUUGUUGGAGACAUUGCUGUUAUAACUCUUGAUGAACCUAUUAAAAUUGGACCUACUCGAAGACCAGCAGGCUUACCAUCACGACGGUAUGGUAGAGGUGAACAUGGAGUAAUACUUGGAUGGGGAUGGACACAACCUGAGAACGGUGUAUCACAAAGAGAUCUCAAAAAAGCACCAAUGACUAUUGACAGAGAUAUUGAUGGCUAUAAAUUUGAAGGUAUUGAAAGAGAGGGAAUCGCAUUCUGUAAUGGUGAUAGCGGUGGACCUUUCUAUAUCAACGGAGAAGUCUAUGGUAUAAUUUCACACUCUAUUGACUGUACAGGAAAUACACCUGGAGUUUUUACCAAUGUUUACGAUUAUAAAGAUUGGAUUGAACAAAUUGUCCAAGGUUUACAUCCUAGCGAAUCAGCUGAAUUAAGAGUCAAAUAAAUCUAAUAAGUAGUUUUUUUUUUUUUAAAUAAAAUAAAAAUGAUGCAGACA